CCCUGAUGUCCAAGGUCCUUCCAGUCGAAGUCACAUGCUCCCUCCCUGGUGUCCCCUGGAGUACAGGACUAGGUCUCUACCGUACCAUCCAUGGCUCCAGGUACCAACGCAGUAAAGGUCUCCACCAUCCAACCUGGGCAGGAAGGGACUGGCGAAGUGGAUGAAGUUAGGUCUCCCUGAGAGAGAGAUCUGCUCUGAGCACCCCAAAGCCAAAGGUUAAGGUUGUGUAGGAAGGUGUGUGUUUUUUCUUGUCAUUUACGCCUCUGAUGAUGGACUCACGUUGCCCGCUCUUCCCUUUCUCUUACACCUUUCCUACUAAAGGAGGAGUCCUUGCUUGGUAAGUGACGUAAUCCGCAAAGACAUGAGAGAAUUUAUUAGAAGCCACUCAGGAUGCUUAGCUACCUCCUUCGAGGGAGAAGGACGCGCACAAAUGCCUGUAGAGACUCUUUUGUUAUUUUGUUUUGUUUUUGGUUUGUUUUCAGCCAGACUAUUUGACUUUACAUUUAUUUUUGUCCCCUCCCUCUCUUGACUUCUUUACUUGGAAAUUGCUCAAACGUCAGUUUGCAACCUUGCCUUUUUUUUUUUAAUAAAGGGAAAAAAGAAAAGAAAAAGAAAGAAACCAAUUCUCAUCUUUGUUUCUUUGUCCCAAGAGACAUUUGUUUAGGGUUUUAUUCAGGCAACUUUUUCUUUAAAAAAUAAAAAAAAGUUAGUUGAGGAUUUGGGUUGAAAUUUAAAAUUUGCCUUUAUCUCCUUUUGUGUUUUUAAUUUCCAAGAUAUAAUUUUUGAGGCCUGAAGCCCCUUUUCUUUUUAUUCCCCCCCCAUUCCUUUAUUUUUAUUAUUGUUUGAAGUUAAGGGUGUCUACAGCCCUCCCCUUUCUAUUGAUUUGUCUCUUUUGUUUGAGUUCAUUAAAGAUUAUGUUUUGUAUAAUUUCUUUUUACUUUUGUUUAAUCUGAAUCGCAUGCCUUUUUCCCUGCAUGAUUCCUAAAUCUUCCAGUUAUUCUAGCAGGGGGUAAACAAAAUACCUAGAGGUCUCCUAUUUCUGUGGAAUUCUAUCAGGAAUUUGUGCUUUUGUUUUUUGGCGUCUCUUCUCUCCCCUCUCUCUUUGCUUUCGUUACAGUGACUCAUGAUGGUUAACAUUCUUGGUUACUUACGCACAGCCCGGAGCUCAGCAGGGUCCGACGGGUCUUUUUGCUUUCAGAUCUCUGGGUCGGGGUCUGCUGCUGACCUCUUUAGCAAAUCAACCAGCCCGCUCACCGCCUCCCGAGGACGCUCGCAGGAGUACGACUCAGGCAAUGACACCUCCUCGCCGCCCUCCACGCAAACCAGUUCCGCCCGGUCGCGGGGCCAGGAGAAGGGGAGCCCCGUUGGGGGUCUGAGCAAGAGUAGGGACCUCAACUGCGGCAACAGUUCCGAUUCAGGGAACUCCUUCACCACCUCCUCCCCGCAGAACAAGGGGGCUGUUCUGGAGAACGGUUCUCCCACCCGCAGGAGCAGUGAGUCAAGAGGAUUUCAGUUUCCAUGUCUCCAGUGUGCUGAGGUGAAGAAGUCUAGUUUGGUCCCAUCCACAGCCCGGAGCUCCCCCAUCAAAGAGUGUUCCCGUAGCUCCUCCUACACCAGCACUCGAUCUUCCAGCCCCUCUUCCCGGUCCCCAAACCACAGAGCCUCCCCCAGGUACACCCGGAGCCGGUCCACCUCUUCUGAAAAAAGGUCCUACUCUCGCUCUCCCAGCUAUUCUUCCAAGUCUGGCAAGAGGAGCCCGCCUAGCAGAAGCUCUAGGUCUCGUCGCAGCCCCAGCUAUUCCCGCUACAGUCCCAGCAGGUACCAUCCUUCCCCCAACCCCCGGGAUGGGCCCUGGCUCCUGGGCCACACCCCUUGCUUCUCUGUACCAAUCUUCGAAGUCCUGCCCAAUCCUUAG